UCUUCAUCAUUCCUUCGUGUUUUCUCAACUCAACGUUCUUUCUAUUUCAUCAUUUCCACUCACUCACCAUUCACUAACCAACUUUUACUAUGGCUUCUCGCUACGAACUCGAGCUGAAGCUCGCAUCAGCGCGCGGCCUCAAGAACGUGAACUGGCGCCACGGCCCUAACCGCCCAUACGCCGUCGUUUGGGUGGACCCCAGGAACAAGUGUUCCACGCGUGUCGACGAAGACGGCGAUACCGAAGCCACCUGGGACCAAACCCUACUUAUUCCUCUCCCCCCGGAGCCCCUCGAGAAUCUCACCCUCUACGUGGACGCGGUCCACGCCGGCUCCGAGGAAGAUACCGAGCCGCUUAUUGGAACGGCUCGGCUCAAACUGGUCGAUAUUCUCGACGAGGUCGGAGUCGGCGAGAGCGUGAAUCGCACGCUCUCGCUGAAGCGUCCCUCGGGGAGACCCCAAGGGAAGGUCGACGUAAAUGUUGUUAUAAGAGAGUCUGGCUAUCGUGCGCAUGGCGGGUACUACGCACCUUCUUAUGGCGUGAGGGAGAGGGAUUAUUCUGCGCCAGUCCAGGAUGGUUAUUAUUCUGCGCCUCGAACGGCAUCGUAUGGACAGGGAUAUGCGGGGCCUCAAACGGCGUCGUAUGGGCAGGGGAGUGGUUAUGGUUACGGUUAUGAUCAAGAAGAGAAGAAGAGUAAUAAGUUUGGGGGCAUGGGGACGGGAUUGGCUGUGGGCGCGGUUGCUGGGGUUCUAGGUGGAAUCGCGCUUGUGGAAGGUGCUGAGUAUGUUGAGGACAAGAUUACUGAUGACGUGGCAGAGAGGGUUGAGGAUGAUCUUGGUUAUGAUGAAGAUGAUUUCUAGAGACUCAGUACUCCAAUAUGAAAAAAGAGAGUAAAAAAUAUGAACAAAUAUCUUGAAGCUUUUAUUUUUUCUUUGUUUAACUCUGUUGUUACUGUGGUUAAUUGAUAAAGGUUAAUGCAUCUGGUUAUGUACACUUUGCAUA